UUGACGCAAAAGCUUCAGUUGACGCUCGAAGAGAAGAAGAAGAACGAAGACGCGCUGAAACAACACGGGCAAGAGCUCAAGCAGCAGCUGAUCAUCAUGCAAACCAAGCUCGAACGGGCGGGGGAGAUGGACAAGGUGAAGGAGGAGCAGUUCGCGCAACAAGAAAACCGGCAUAAAGAUACGGUUGAGGAGUUCAAGAAGGCUCAAACCGAGCUCAAGCUGCAGCUCCAGGACGCGCUGGCGAAGAUUGAAGCCGAGCACAAGGGGAUGAAGGUGCAAGAAGCCGAGGUGCUGAAGCAACGCGACGUCAUCAACCGUCUCGAGGCGAAGAAUGCGAGCUUGAUCGCCGAGCUCGACAACACGCGCGCGCAGUGCGUGCAAUGGCAACGCGAGACCGACAUGGCGAAGGCUGAGAUGCAACAAGCGCGAAGCGAAGCUGAAGCCGCCAAGGAGGAGCGCAUGAAGGAGGAAAAGCAUCGAGGCAUCGCCGAGAACGAAACCGCGGACUCGCGCCGAAAGGCGGCCGAGGCCACGGCGCUCGCCGCGGACGAGAAGCAAACCAGAAAGCUCGCCGACCAAGCGUUGGAAGCUAAGCAGAACGAAUUAAAGGAUCUCAAGCACAAGGCGCAAAUGAUGGAGAAGGAUUACAAGGAAAUGCUCACCGAUGAAAAGCAGGCUCGGGCGCAACUGGAAGAAAACUACGAGACCUUGAAGCAAGAUUCGGUGAACUUGUACAACGCGUACACGAGCUCGAACCAGCAAAUCGAAGAGUACCGCAUCGCGCUCGAGCGCGAAGCGCAAGAAGCGGCUGCUCUGCACGCCGCGCUCGCCAAGCAAAAGGAGGACGCCGCUCGAGACGCCGUGCGCUCUCGAAGCACGCGCGUCAUCGCCCCUCCCGCUGGCUUCUUGGGCGGUUCAUCUCCGUCUCCUAAGCAAGACGGACGCCGCGGUGGCGCCCGCAUCGGCGAAAUGGACGAUAUCCGAUCGCCGCCAUCCUUCGCAGACUAG